AUGGGAUAUAACAUCCUCGUCACCGGUGGCUCAGGCUACCUGGGAGGCACACUUUUGAACCAGUUAAAAAGCGCAGACCUCCCCAAAUACCACAAGCUGUUUGCAUCUGUGAGAACCUCCGCCCAGGCCGAGGCCGUGAAGCAGUACGCCGCCGAACCCCUGCAGUUUGAUAUGCAGGACGAGGCCAGCGUGCGCGACAUCAUCUUGCAAAAGAGAAUCAAUGUUGUCUUCUUUCUCGUCGACGCAAUCAGCUCGAGCACUCAAGAGUCCUUUAUCAAGGCGUUGGCGGAACUGAGCAAGACGACUGGACAGGACGUGCAUUUUCUUCAUGCAAGUUCUCAUCCUUGGACCAGUGGAGCGAAAGCGUUCUCCAACCAUGCUGGAGCUCCAACUGAUCGUCUUCUUCUCGACGAUGACCCCAACUUGUACGAGAUUCAGAAAUCUCAGCGGUCCUCGCUCCCGAUCAUGCAACGGGGCGUGGAAACAAACAAUCGGAUCAUAGAUCUGAGCGAAUCUCUCGGUGUGAAAAGUUACAUAUUCUCCCCCUGCGUGGUUUAUGGUAAAGGAGAAGGAUUCGGGAACAUGGUGUCGAUCCAAACAGCUGCUAUCGUGAGAGCAGCCAAAGCAACUGGGCGAGUAUACAAUCUGAAUGAAAGAGACGACUGGACUUGGCCGGUCUGCCAUUUGCUUGACAACACCACGUUGUACGUCGAGAUACUGCGGAAGAUACUUUCACGCGAAGAUAUCCCCCACGGUCGAAAUGGUUACUACCUCCCGUCAAGUGGUCGGGUUGCAUGGAAAGACGUUUACGCAUCCAUUGCCACUGCGCUUUUCAAAAGAGGUCUCCUCGAGGAUAGUGCUGUUUAUUCGUCCGACGAUGACAUCCUAGGUGCUAUGGCUGCGGCGCUCGAGUCACCGAAAGAGAUGGUCGCGGUCCAAAUUGGCGGCGAGUAUGCGAAUCCCUCUCAGGUCAAAGGUCACAAGAGUAACUGGUUUUCACACAGAUGUCUUUUGGAAGCAAGGAAUGGCCUCAAAAUUGGCUGGAAGCCGGUGUUCCCUCCUGAGCAUAUCCUCGAUGUCCUCGAUCAAGAAGUCAAUCUCGUUCUUUGCGACGAUGCUCAGAAGUCUCGCUGA